AAAAAAAAAAAACAACAAAUACAACUGUCAAAAUGUGAAAAAAAAGAAAAAUAAUCUAAUUCGAGUUUGUUGUUGAAAAAAAUAGAGAAAAAUUAUUAAAAAAACUAAAUAAAUUCCCAACAAAAUCAUCAAAUUGCGAAUAACUAAAUAUUUCCUCAACCAAAAAAUAAUAAUAAUACCGAACAACAAUGACUGGUCGCCUCCGCAAUACCGUCAAGGUCGAAGCCUUAAUUGAAAAUUGCCGUAGCGAAGGCAAAUGGCAAAAAGUUAUGGAAUUAACUGAAGAGCUAAAAGCUGGCUCACCAGUCAAUGAACAUUUAGCUAAUUUCCUAAUUGGCGAGGCAAACUUAGAACUAUAUCUUGAAGAAUUCAGUCCAACUGAAAAUAAUUUUGCCAAAGCUCGAAAUGCUUUACAGGAGACAAAAAAGUACUUGACUUUGGUGACAGGUGAAAAUGGUCAAAAAGCUGGUAUAGCUUUAGAUGCAUAUUUACUAUUAGCUAAAUUAUGUUAUGCAUGUGGAGAGUAUGAGAAGAGUUUACAAAAUUUUGUUAAAGCCGAAUUAAAUACACUCGCUGAAAAAGAAUUGACUUUAAGGAGUCUUAAGAUCUUGGCUGAGUCAUAUGCAAUUAAAGGUCUUUGUUUGGAAAAUCAAAUAGCCAAACCAACUUCAAAGUUUAAAAAGUCUGAGAGAGAAUCAGAAAUGAUUAAUUGCUUUGAAAGGGCUACUGACUUGGGGUUGUUAUACCUCCAGGAGCAAGAUGUUGCUUCUUUAUCGUCUGCAGUUAAUGCGACGAAUGCCUCCAAUGCUGGAUCGGCGGCAGGUGGGGAAACUACUCGUCGAAUGGGGGCGAUACUCGAAAUGGCAUUGCAAAGGGCUCCUAUAGUUCUCAUUAAAACUGGAAAGCUUCAGGAAGCAAUUGAACGUUAUCGAGUCAUGUUAAAUGCCAUUGAAACUCGAACUACACAGUCGUUAAGACUUACUUUAUCUCGACAAUUAGCUGAGGUUUUGCUUCGUGGGGUCUCGGGGACUUUAUACACUCCUCCCUUCAACACUCGAAGGUCGAGAGGAGGAAAUCAAAGCAAAAACAUGUGGAAACCACGAAUGUAUAACCAUCGCAUUCAGUUUUCUCCCCGUAAUCAACACGAGGAGACAAUUCUCCUGCUUCUAGUUGCAGAAGCAUUGGCUGUCCGGGAUACUGUACUCUCUCAGAGUCCUGAAUUCCGGGCAGCACGUUCCCAUGCAAUGGGAAAUGCCACUGCUGUCUACGACCUUUUAACCUUGGCCGCAGUUCGAUGGGGUUUGGUUUAUCUCCUCAAUGAAUCAUUUGAGAAAGCCCUUAAAUUCUCAUUUGCUGAGCCACAUGUUUGGCGGCAAUAUGGUUUGAGUUUAAUGUCAGCCGGGAAGCAUUUACAUGCUCUGCGAGUCUUACAAGAAUCGUCGAAAAUCUCCCCAACUGAUCCAUUUUCUUGUUUAAUGAAUGCCCGGCUUUGUUACGAGUCUCUUGGAUUAUUCCACGAAGGUUUAGAAUUCUCCAAACAGGCUUUAAAAAAUGAACAAAAAAAUUAUAAAAAUACUAGAGCUCAAUUGUAUGUUGGAAUUGGUUAUCAACAAUUGGCUAUAAUAUCGAAUAUGAAAUCGGAACGAGAUAAAUAUGAGAAAUUGGCGCUGGAAGCUUUAGAAAAAGCUGUACAAAAUGAUAAUAAUGAUCAUUUGGCAGAGUAUUAUCUAGCUUUACAAUAUGCAUUGAUUAAUAAUAUCUCAGAAGCAUUGAUUCAUGCAAAGUGUGCGCUGUCUUUGCGGACUGAGCAUGCACCUAGUUUGCAUUUGUUUGCACUUUUAUUGACGGCAAGUAAGCGUGCUAGAGAGGCACUGGAGGUUGUUGAAAAUGCUCUUAAUGAAUUUCCAGAUAAUUUGAAUUUGCUUCAUGUGAAAGCUCAUUUACAAUUGCAUCUACAAGAUGCUCAAACUUCGUUGGUAACUGUUCAUAAAAUGUUGAAUAUUUGGAGAGAUAUAUAUGAGACACAGAUUGUUGGUGGGGAUAAUAAUGAAAUGGAGAAGCAAUCGGAUACGAGGAGUGUUGUUCAUGUUCAUAUUUCUCAAAUGUCUGAUAAAGAUUCAAAUUCUAUUUAUGCCACAUCAUUGAUACCAGUAAAUAGAGUUGAACAAGCAUUAAGUGAAGCUGCAAGUUCAUUGAGUUCAUUUAGUCCACGAAUGAGUAAUCAUCGUUCAUGGGUAAUUCAACUUCGAAUGUGGCUUUUAUUAGCCGAUGUUUAUUUGUCAAUUGAACAACCAAAUGAGGCACUCCACUGUGUCCAGGAAGCAGCCCAACUAAAUCCACAAUACCAUCAGAUUAUGUUUAUGCGUGGACAGAUUUGCAUUUAUCUCCAACAAUGGGGUGAUGCUAAACAAUGUUUGAUAAAUGCAGUAGCAGCAAAUCCAAAUCAUACUGAUGCAUUGCGGGUUCUUGGAGAGAUUCAUCAUGUUUUGGGAGAACCACGGCUAGCUGAGAAAGUUUUGAAAGAUGCAACAAAACUUGAUCCAAAUUGUCCAAAAAUAUGGUAUAGUUUGGGUAAAGUAAUGGAUUCAUUGGGUGAUUUUGCAGUUUCAGCGGAUUGUAUAGCUGCAGCAUUGCAAUUGGAACCAUCGUGUCCUGUUCUUCCAUUUACCUCAAUGACAUUGGCUUUUGAUUAAAAAAAAAGCUUAGCAAUAUUAUUAUUAUUAUUAUGUAAUAGAAUGUAUAGAUAUCAUUCCGUAAUUGUUAAAAAAAAAAUGUAAAAGUAUUUAUUUAUUUUGUGAGAUUAGUCUUGUUUGAUCUUUGUA